GGCCUAAAUUUAAAUACUGUAGACAUUUGGUAAGUAUCCUAGCUAUGUGGUUGGGAGGAUCACCUGCAACAGACAGUCUCUUACGGCACAAGGGAGAGAGAUAGUAGUAAUAGUUUUUCCCUUAUUUGAGGCUAAUUAAACUGGAUUUCUCGGCUUCAACUAGUGCAUCUGUUUACGUUUAAGUGACUACGAGUAAAAUUAAAAAAUACGCUCAAAUUCUGAUAAAUUAUUUAACAGAAAAAAAAGUGCUUUGAAAAAAAAAAUAGAAAAAGAAAAUGGAUGAAUAGAUUAAUGCAUACGAUUAAUACAUAGAAGAGGAGGAAGAACAAGAAGAAGAAGAGGAAGGAGGAGAAGGGUGUGGCUGCCCCCCCCCCCUCUCCAACCAUCCCCUCUACCCCCCCAUAGCGGAAAAAAUGUAUAAAGAUACCUAAAAAAAAACAUUAAGAAAACUUACAUUAGAACAGAAAACGAGACCGAAAGAAAAUGGGGAAGAAAAAUUCUAAACUUAAACCGGAGACUAUUCAAAAACUAUGCGAGGAGACGUACUUUACUGACAAGGAAAUUAAACAGUGGCACAAGGGUUUCCUGAAAGACUGUCCCAACGGCCUACUUACAGAAACGGGCUUCAUUAAAAUAUACAAACAGUUUUUCCCUCAAGGCGAUCCAACUAAGUUUGCUUCACUGGUCUUCAGAGUAUUUGACGAAAAUAAUGAUGGCUCUAUUGAAUUUAGGAAUUUUAUUAGAGCCUUAUCAAUCACAUCACGAGGCAACGUAGACGAGAAACUGCUCUGGGCUUUUCGGCUGUAUGAUGUAGACAACGAUGGAUUCAUCACUCGAGAAGAGAUGUACAGCAUAGUCGAUGCAAUAUAUCAAAUGGUGGGCCAAGCACCAGAGGCAGAAGAUGAGAACACUCCGCAAAAAAGGGUUGACAAAAUUUUUUCUCAAAUGGACAAAAAUAAUGAUGAAAAAUUGACUCUUGAAGAAUUUCGUGAAGGAUCUAAGGCUGACCCGAGGAUUGUGCAGGCUCUAUCCUUGGGGGACAACUAAGGCUCGCUCUCUCUCUCUCUCUCUCUCUCUCUCUCUCUCUCUCUCUCUGUGUGUCUGUGUGUGUGUGUGUGUGUGUGUGUGUGUGUGUUUAUGUGUGUGUUGUGGUGUGUUUGGUUCGUUCUCUCUCUCUCUCUCUCUCUCUCUCUCUCUCUCUCUCUCUCUCUCUCUCUCUCUCUCUCUCUCUGUGUCUGUGUGUGUGUGUGUGUGUGUUGUGGUGUGUUUGGUUCGUUCUUUCUCUCUCUCUCUCUCUCUCUCUCUCUCUCUCUCUCUCUCUGUGUGUGUGUGUUUAUGUGUGUGUGUGUGUGUGUGUGUUGUGGUGUGUUUGGUUCGUUCUCUCUCUCUCUCUCUCUCUCUCUCUCUCUCUCUCUCUCUCUCUCUCUCUCUCUCUCUCUCUCUCUCUCUCUCUCUCUCUCUCUCUCUCUCUCUCUCUCUCUGUGUGUGUGUGUGUAUGUGUGUUGUGGUGUGUUUGGUUCGUUCUUUCUCUCUCUCUCUCUCUCUCUCUCUCUCUCUCUCUCUCUCUCUCUCUCUCUCUCUCUCUCUC